ACUCUCGGCUCGAUAUUUUAGGCAUCUAUUUUCGACUCCCAAGUAGAGUGUCCGACUCUGGCUACAUCGGCUACGAGGAGAACGUUCGAAUAGAAAUUUAAACCCCCUUCGAGUCCUCGAUGAAACUUGUAAACAUUUCACAUUCCGCGUGAAUCCGUUUUCCUCUCCAGACCGGUAGAGACAAAUAUUUAAAUGCUAAAUCAAAAAGAGAAAGUAAGUUAGACGUGUUGUCAGCCUAUUAGACGUAUAUCGAGCGCUACCUGCCAGACUUUUGAAUCGAUUAGGGAAUAGCUUCGAGCGCGUGUGCUUGUGUAGAGUCAGUCGGCCACGUCACAACUCCGAAGUGCGAGCAGCGAAAGAAGAUCGCAUCGACCGCAGCGAGUCAUCGAACGUGAAAAAUAUUUCAUAUCAUCGCGUGCGAAAUGGCUCAUCCCGAGCAAGAAGACAGCUUAUUAAAAUUGAAGCGCCUACGAGAGCAAGUCGACUGGACGAUCGAAGAGCAGCGAGGCGCGCUUCUCCGCCAACUCAUGAUCUUAUUCGCCGAAUGGAGCGGGCCACUUCCGUGUCUUCCGGAGAUUUUUCGGCCCUACGAAAUCGACUGGCUCAUCUCGGAGCUCAUAACGAAGAAGAUGAAGACCACGUUACACAAGAAUAGAAUAAAGGGAUUCAUCGAGUUCGUGGCGAGCACCGGCUACAAGGAGUCACUGAUCGAUCAACGCAUCAACGCGUCGGAACUGCGAACCACGCCGAUACAUCGGGCGCAGAGGCAGCACGAUCUUUGUCAGCGCGCGGACGUGACGCGCGAGCUCUUCAAGAUAUACGACAGGUACGACGUGAACUACACCGACGAGGCGGGAUUGACGCAUUUCCACGUGGCCUGCGGGUACGGCCUCGUCGACGCCUGCAGAAAUUUCCUCCAGCUCGGCCACGAUCCCAAUUGCCGAGCGCCGCCGGCACUGGAUCGCCGGCACCCGCUCUGCGGCUCGUUGCUGCGGCUGGCCCUGGUGCACGGCCACCGGAAGGUGGCCGAGUGGCUGCUCUGGGCCGGCGCCGAUCCCACUCGGCAGGACGCCCACGACGGAUCGACGCCUCUGCACGUCGCCUGCGCGCAACGGGAACACGACGGCAACGAGAUGGCCGAGGCGCUGCUCGCGCGUUGCAGCGCGAUCCAGCACGGGCUGCUGAUGGAGGCUCGCGACGCUUGGGGCCGACAGGCGCUGCACUUGGCCGCCGCCAGCGGAUCGCUGCACUCGUUCGGCACGCUGCUGUCGAGGGGCGCCGAUCCGAACGCCCUCGACUCGCGCGGAGCGACUCCCCUGCACGCCAUCUGCCGCAGAGGCGACGAGGAAAUGGCGAGGCUGCUGUUCAGCAUGUUCCAUCGGUCUCAACUCCGGCUCGACGUACGGGACCACGAGGGUAAAACAGCCCUCAACUACGCGGUCGCCAGCCAAAACGUAAAUUUGAGCCAUUUGUUGCUGGCGAACGGCGCCGAUGCGCGAAUCGGCAUGGAGCACAUGCCUGCGCACGUUCGCAGAAGUAUGAUGCAAGCCGCGGUCUCCGUGCAGCAGUACGCAGCUGGAGCUCAUGGGCUACCCUUCGGAUGGUUGAAUUGAAAGAGAAAUCAUUGAAAUGUUUGGUGCGAUUGAAUGUCGUAGAUUAUACACGUCGUCGAAAUAAAUACAUUGUAAAAAAA